GGUAAUGAUGAGCAUACAUAACUGUCAUAGUCUUCUAUUAGAACAAACCAUUGCGCCAAAAUACCUCUUCUAAAUUCUCUUUUAAUCAAAAAAAUCUACUGCGCACAACAAUUGAGAGUCAAAAAUUCCAACAUAAAAUAGAAAUCGAAAACUAAACCAUAGAGCAAUUCAAUUCAAAUGAUAAAACGUGAAAAACAUCACGUGCUAAAUUUAAAUGUCACCACGUUGGAAAUACUUCUCGGAGUUUGGAAGAACUUCUAAAUUUGAACAAGAAAUCCCAAAUCUUUCCAAUUUCCCCACCAAAAUCUGCCAUCAGAGCCCAUUAUUAUCUGGUUUUUACAUCAUCAGUGUAUUGGGUAGAAUCUCCGGGAACUUCUGUCACGCACUCGCACACACUCUCUCUCUCACUUCCUUUCUCUCUCUACAGUCUACACUUUUCCCCCCAGAUUCUGUCCUUUAAGUCCUUCAACUUUCCAUGAUCGCCACCGCCAAGUUCCCUCUGCAACCCACUGUUCCAAACCCAAAACCCACUUCAAAUUCUCAAUUUUCAGCGGUUGUGCUGAACUUCAGCUUCGGAUUUGCGAGAAGAUCGAGAAUUGGAGGGGGCAGUGAAUUGUGGUUGGUGGAUGAGCGUGGUGAAAUGGGAUUUCUGCAGAAAUUGAGUAGGGGUUGCUUCAAGGGGUGUUGCUCCAAGAAGGAGAGAGAGGUGGAAGUCGAGGCCGCCAACGGCGGCGAGGAUCUUUUCGAUGCGGCGGUGGCCGACUCUAAAGUGCAGCCUGACCAUCUUGUUAUCAUGGUUAAUGGUAUCAUUGGGAGUGCUGCAGAUUGGAGAUAUGCUGCUGAUCAAUUUGUGAAGAACCUUCCCGACAAAGUCAUUGUUCACCGUAGCGAGUGUAAUCCUUCCAGGUUGACUUUUGAUGGUGUUGAUAGAAUGGGCGAAAGGCUCGCUGAAGAGGUGAUGGAUGUCAUCAGGCGCUGGCAUGGAGUUCGCAAAAUUUCAUUCGUUGCUCAUUCCUUAGGCGGACUCGUAGCACGUUAUGCCAUAGGCAGGUUAUACAGACUUUCCGCCAAAACCAGUUCUGCAAGUAUUCCUGGGUAUUGCUCAAAUGGUGAAGCCAACGUUUCCACCUCACUAAACGACGAAUUUUAUGAAGAAAAUAUAGGUGGCCUGGAACCCGUGAACUUUGUGACGUUUGCAACACCGCAUUUGGGUUCAAGAGGACAUAAACAGCUUCCCCUUCUCUGCGGGCUUCCUUUUCUGGAAAAGAGUGCCUCACAAACUGCACACUGGAUUGCUGGAAGAUCAGGGAAGCAUCUUUUCCUUACGGAUAAUGAUGGUGGGAAACUUCCACUCCUGCUUCAGAUGGUCAAGGACUCUGCUGACCUUCAUUUCAUAUCAGCAUUACGAUCUUUCAAGCGUCGUGUGGUAUAUGCCAACGCAAACUAUGACCAUGUGGUGGGAUGGAGAACUUCAUCAAUCCGCCGUCAAAACGAACUACCAAAGGAAAGUCUUCUUGUGAAUGAUAUGAAGUAUCCUCACAUCGUCCAUGUAGAACAGGGAAUAACUGAAGAUGUAAACAGUAAAGUAUCCUCUGCUGUUGGAACACAGGUUAUUGACUUGGAAGAGGAGAUGAUUAGAGGUCUUAAUCAAGUAUCUUGGGAGCGUAUUGAUGUUAGCUUUCACAAAAGCAGACAGCGAUACGUUGCACAUAAUACCAUACAGGUUAAGAGCUACUGGUUAAAUUCAGAUGGUGCUGAUGUGGUGCAACAUAUGAUAGAUAACUUUGUUAUGUAGCUGUGUAUCAAGCUUAUAGUUAGCAAGUGGUAUUGUAGUUUUUUGUCCCCAUUCCAUAUUUGUAUGUAUUUUGUCUUUCAUUUUACACCCUGUAAGAUUGGACUUCAUUUUUACAUUUAGAUGUCAAAAUUAUAACACUAGCAGCCUAGCUUUCUUCAUCUUCUGCUCGGAAAGAAGAGAUUUUCACAUUAAAAAAUAAUUAGACUCGACUCUGUGCAAUGUUAUUGAAAAGUUCUUAUUUAUUGGAUC